AUCUGAACUCGAAUUUGGUGCCUCUGAUUGUGGAGCUGGUUUUGAUGUCCUGAGUACCAGGAUCUGCGACCCCCCUGUUGACUUAGGUCGGUCAAUUGUACCCUGGAAACAAGCUUUCUUACAAGAGGACACAGGUUGCAGAGGCAAGAAAUACUCCACUUUCCCAGCUGGUCCCCUACUGAGAUUGGAGCCGGCUGCACCCAAAGGAAGAGAAGGCGUUUUGCUUUGUGUUAUCUAAACCGCCCUGAGCAUCUUGUAUUGAGAUAUCCUAUCACUGUUGUCAGGCAUGGCUAGCAUCCUUGCACGUAUGGGUAACAGUCGGGGGCAGAAUUCACCCUUGCCACCUUGGGCUCAUUCCAUGCUGAGGUCCCUGGGGAGGAGUCUUGGUCCUUUAAUGGCCAGCAUGGCAGAGAGAAACAUGAGGCUGUUCUCUGGGAGGGCAGAGCCAGCCCCGGGGGAAGAAACCUUUGAGAACUGGCUGAGCCAGGUCACCAGCGUCCUGCCUGAUUGGCAUAUGCCUGAGGAGGAAAAGGUCAAGCGCCUAAUGAGAACCCUUAGGGGCCCUGCCAGGGAGGUCAUGCGUUUGCUCCAAGCUGCCAAUCCCACCCUAAAUGUGGCAGAUUUUUUGCGGGCAAUGAAACUGGUCUUUGGGGAGUCUGAGAGCAGUGUGACAGCCCAUGGUAAAUUUUUUAACACUGUUCAGGCACAUGGAGAGAAGCCGUCUCUAUAUGUGAUCCGGUUAGAGGUGCAGCUGCAGAAUGCUAUCCAGGCAGGGGUCUUUGCAGAGAGAGAGGCAAACAAGGCUCGUUUGCACCAGCUCCUUGUAGGGGCUGAGCUGAGUAGAGACCUUCGACUCAGGCUUAAGGGUCUCCUCAGGAUGUAUGCAAAUGAGCCAGAGCACCUUCCUGAUUUCCUGGAGUUAAUCAGGAUGGUCCGGGAGGAAGAGGAUUGGGAUGACACUUUUAUGCAAAGGAAGCGGCCCAGAACAUCUGAGUCAGUGAUGGAGAGGGCACUCAGCCCUGUGGCAUUUCAGGGCUCCUCACCAAUAAUGAUCAGCAGUACUGACUGCAACGUGAUUGAGAUAGAUGACUCUCCUGAUGAUUCAGAUGAAGAUGUCAUCCUGGUGGAGUCUGGGGACCCACCACUGCCGUCCUCAAGUGCCCCUUCCUUCCUAGGCAGGGCUGUAUCUGAGGACCAAGUGCUGGUCAUUGAGUCCCCCAACAUUCCUGAGAUUCAGUUUCCUUCUACCAGCAGUGGUUCGGGGCGCAAAAACAAUAGUUUUGGGGAGCUGCGUAGAACCAGGAAGCGAAAACAUACAGUUCACUGUUCCCAUUGUGGUGAGGAGGGCCACUCAAAAGAAACCUGUGACAAUGACAAUGACAAAGCUCAGGUUUUUGAGAAUCUGAUCAUCACCCUGCAGGAGCUGACACAUACAGAGGAGGAAAGGGCAAGAGAGGCUACUGGAGAGCCCAUUGGCCCCUCUGAACCACAGUAAGAUGCU